GAGUAGUGUAGUGCAGUGAGAAGGAGCGAAGCCUGCUCCGUCCGGUGUACGUGUCCAAAAGUGUUGAACGAGAUAUGUUAUUUUUAUUUUUUUUUUCUCGCGACGAAACUGUGUACAACGCUCACGAAGCCUACCACGAAUUUACGACUAAUCAUAAUAUGAGUGACGCGUAAGAGUUCAAUUCACAUAAGAGAGAAAAGAUAAUCGUUAAGAAUAAGAAGACGAAGAAGUGUGUACAGUCUCAACGUGUAUGUAUGGGUCAAAGGCCCUCCGUGUGACGCGCAAUCGCAAUUUAUACAUGUGUGCGUAAUAUAUAUAUAUACACCUAUUACAUGUAUAAAUAUACAAACGGUAUAUCGAGUUUCGUAGGUACACACGCUCGAAAACGCAAACGUGAAGAAGCACAAACUGUUCGGCGUGUAAGCGAAUAUAAGGCAGUUGAUGAAAGAGCUCUCGAAGCAGAUAAGAGUAAGCGCGAGUGCGAAUGCGAAUAACCCAGUGUGUGUUGUAUCAGAGCAGGGAAAUAUAGUGGCUUCCGUUGUUGUAAACGCGCGUCAAGAGAGUAUCCCGGUGUACAGUGAACGAGAAUUGGGCGCGCAAGAACCGUCGACGAUAAUUGACGCAUGGAUGAAACGUCGGGUGUAGUCGAAGCAGUAGUUGAAAGAAGAGAGUCGUAACAUCCUCGAGAGGCUCUCGCGGAGUAACGGAGAGAGAGAGACGGAACGUUAAAUCGUCGUCGAAACGUUGCCCGCCAUCUAGGCGCCUUGAUCCGCGCUGCUUUCUGGUCAACCCUCCCUCUGCCCCCUCACCGCACGGAACCGAGCGCGCUCUCUCUCUCUCUCUCUCUCAUUCUCUAUCACGGACAACACGAUCCACGGUUUAUUGUGCGUGUGCUCGUUCCGUGUCUCCUUCCGAGUGCGUAAACGAAAGAAUAAAUAAUUGCGCGAUACUGUGAAAAAUAAUCAAGUUUCCACGACAAUAUGAAAAAAGUUCUGUCAACAGUUUUCGGCAUGUAAUUAAAAAAAAAACGAAUCAUCAAGGAAAUACUACACGUAUGUGCACUACUCCCUAGAGAGCGAGAAACAGAGAGAGUGUAUGUACGAAGGAUACAAACGCGCAGUACAGUAGGUGGCAGCAGUGGUUUUUCUUUUCUUUUUUUUUUCACCUUUUUUCCUCGUUUCGUCGUGAACGCGAGUGUUAUGUUGGCAAUGGAAUGGGACGGCUCGCCGUCGUUCCGUGUGCUCGGCAGUGCUGUUACGUGUUUCAUUAGGGCCAACCUAUUCGAUUGAAAGAAAAAAAAAAGAAAAAUACGCAAAGUGCAUAUUUAUUUGCCCCUCCGAAACUUGGUAUAUCUGCGUUGGUUGUCUCUCGUUUUGUUUUGUUUUUUCGUACCAUGUGGUGUAGUUCGGUAACGGUCAAAAAACCAAUAGAUCGUAUAUCGUCAAGCGUCCGAAUAAUAAGGAGAAGCGUAAUAAUAAAGCGCGUUGUACACGACGCCUCGACGACGUACGUCGGCUCGUUUCAUUAUCGCGAGGGUUUCGUACCUCGCGAGCCGAUAUCGCGCCGGCUUUUCGCCGUCUCGAGAAAACGUUAGCGGGGCUAUUGUUCGAUCGCGCGCGCGCGCGCGCGCGCGUCCUUAAACAGUGAUUGUUGGAGGAUCAAAAAUUUAAGUUAUAAAAUAGUGUUGCCUCCGCGAUUCUACGCCCCUUGCACAGCACCCCCUCAAUUCCGAAGGUCGUACGAGUGUCGACAAAUUUCGGUGAUCUCAAAAGGAAAAGAUGACAAAAAAUUGUUCGAGCAAAUAAAUCGUGUACGACAGCAGUGCGUUGGAUACAAAGUUUGUCGUUUCUUUUCCGCUCCUCGCUCGUCACUGGCAGUUUUUCCAUUUGUACAUGUACGACGCUCCGAAGGAAAAUAUCGAGCAAUAAAAAAAAAUAGUGUGUGUACGCGUGUGCGUGUGGGAGACGGUGAGUGAGAUUAUAAAAAGAGCGACAGUGAGAAACACGGGUGUGCGUGCGCGUGUGUGUGCGCGCGCGCGAGUCGUCAGUGUGUGCGUGCGCUCGUCAGCUCCUCGAGAGGGCACGUAGAGGGAGAUAGAGAAAAAAAGUAAGAGAGAAGCGAUUUAGAAGCGAAAAGCAGAGCGCGUCGGUGCUGCUCGCGCAAAGGAUAGAAAAAGAGCGAGUGAGCGCGCGCGUCACUGAAUUCGUGGUGCGCUUCGCCGCGCACGACGUUUUAUAGUGCUUUCAAUUUAGUGUGCGUGUUUUAGCCUGUGUACGUGUUUUCUGUGCGUGCGGGUGCACGUCACCGUAAAUUGGUGCUCUGGUGUAUCGCGAGCUCUUUUAACGAGAUAAAAAGAGAGAAUUAAAAAAAAAAAAAAAAAAAAAUUAAGGCAAGGAAAGAAUCAUCGAUUGCGCCGUGCGUGUUUGUGCAUGUGUGUUCGUGUCUUCGAAUAUCCAUAAUCCUCGUGUCUUGUGGAUUAUUAUUAUUAUUAUUAUUAUUAUUAUUAAUAAUUCGAUUUUCGAUCAAACACCCGAAAAGUUGGGCACGUUCGAUACGUAAUUAUCGUCGUUUUUGUUUGUUGGUUUUCUUCGCCUUGCCGCCUCGUUAUUGGAUCGGUGUGUUUUAACCUGUGUUGUGUGUCGUUGUGUACAGUGCCCCGCAAAACGAUAACACAACAUCCGAUCCCAAAUGAAGAGUUCGGAGCAAAAUGGUUAGAGAGACACGUCACCUGUGGGUUGGAAAUCUGCCGGAAAACAUCCGAGAGGAUCGCAUAAGAGAGCAUUUCAAACGGUAUGGACGCGUGCAGAGCGUCAAGUUGUUGCCACGGGGCGAGGAAUGCCCCGUGGACGGAGGUUCAGGUGGCUCGACAGGCGAGGGAAGCGAGGUCGGCGGCACAGGCGUUGCUUCGGGAUCUGUCGGCGGCGGCGGAGUCUCGACCAUCACCGGGAGUGCAUCAGCGACGGUUGCCUUCAUGGAUAUCAAGUCCGCAGCGAAGGCACACGCGACCGAACACACACUCGACGAGAGAGCGCUCACGACACAAUACUACGAGCCGCAGCAUCUUCAGCAUAGAUUUCCCGCCCACGGAAGUUCGGAGGAUCAUGGAUCCGGCGUUGGCGUCGGAGGCGUCGGGGUCGGGACGGUUGGGACAGGAGGCGGUGUCGGAGUCGCGGAAAGAGGGGUCAACGAGGCGUUCGAGCCAAGAGUGUCACACGGUAGUUUUUACGGUGGUGAGAGGGUCAAUCGGGUCGUCGAACACUCGACCGAUCCCUCGAACGUCGACCCUGGGGGCUACAUACCACGCGGAAGACCUGCACCGGUCGGCCCUUAUCACGUGACAUCGACCAGGGCGAGGGAUCGGCUGUACCCGAGGACAGGGCCUUACGCUACGGGACCGCCACCCCCGCCUCAUCUAGAACGUCAUCGUGCCAGUAUACCACCGUCCUCGUGGUCGACCUACGAACCUGCUUCCUCGAGAUACGCCCCGGUACCACCCCCGCCAACUCCUGCCAACAGCGACGCUUAUCAAGAGGACUCGAGUGUUGGAGGUGGUAGCGGAAACAGCGGAGGCGGUUUGGGAAGCGGAAGUUCAGGUGUCGGGGGUACGCUAAGACAGCACAAAAAGCAGAGAAGAAAAUCGCGAAGCGGGAGCAGCUCGCCGAGCGGAUCAAGUCGAUCGGGUAGCAGCAGCAGUAGAAGCAGCAGAAGCGGCUCCUCGGGUGGGAGUACAUCGGGUGGUAGCAGCUCACCCGGAAGCUCGCCCCACAGGGCUGCGAAUGCGGCGGUUACGGAGGAUCGCCGACCGCUCGCAAUAUGCGUGAGGAACUUGCCAGCUCGUAGCAGCGAUACUUCCCUCAAGGACGGCCUCUUCCACGAGUACAAGAAACACGGCAAAGUCACGUGGGUCAAGGUAGUUGGGGCUGCGGGUGAUCGUUAUGCACUUGUGUGCUUCAAGAAACCCGAGGACGUUGAAAAAGCCCUUGAAGUAUCGCACGACAAAUUAUUCUUCGGUUGUAAAAUCGAGGUUGCCCCUUAUCAGGGCUAUGACGUCGAGGACAAUGAGUUCAGGCCGUACGAGGCCGAGCUCGACGAGUACCAUCCGAAAGCCACGAGAACUCUGUUCAUCGGCAAUCUCGAGAAAGACGUCACCGCAUCUGAACUCAGAAAGCAUUUCGAACCUUUCGGUGAAAUAAUUGAAAUUGAUAUAAAGAAACAGGGUGCUGUUUCGAGUUACGCUUUUUGUCAAUAUUCGGAUAUCGGUAGCGUCGUCAAAGCCAUGAGAUCGAUGGACGGCGAGCAUCUUGGCUCGAAUCGCAUUAAACUCGGCUUCGGAAAGUCCAUGCCAACGUCUUGCGUGUGGGUUGACGGUAUUGGAGAUUGCGUGUCGGAGAAAUAUAUAAACAUGCAGUUUCACCAGUUCGGUCCGAUCACGCAAGUGGUGGUCGACCGUGAGCGGGGUCACGCACUCGUGUUUUUCGAGCAGAUAAGCUGCGCCCAAGCUGCCGUUAAGGAGAUGCGGGGGGCGGCGUUGCGCGGACGUCGUUUGCAGGUUGACUUCGCGUCGAGAGAGUGCCAGGAAACGUUUUACGAGCAUCUCGAGCGUCAGGGUGUUACCGGUGAAAAGCCUUGGGACACGAGACCAUCGCCGGCAGCGACGUUCGACGUGGCGAGAGAACGGAGUUUCGAGUCGGCGGUGACGGUUCCGAACGCCGGUAGUCGUUUCACGCGUUACGAGACUCCGCCUCGUGCGAGGACCGCGAGUUAUUCUCGCACACCGGGCGGGGGUAGCACACCAGGUGCAAGUCCCGCUCAUCCGACCGCGAUGUCGCGGAGUAGUAGACGCUCUUAUCAAACCGAUCCGUACUACGAGGGCGAUUACAGCACCGAGCCAACGCCGAGAAGGUACGCUGGUACCAGCUCUACGUGCAAUACGAAAAACUCCUCCUCGUCUAACGACACUACGUCUAUCGCGAGUCCCCUCGUCAACGAUCCGUUUCGUCAUCUAUAUUCUUCUCGGUUUCGAAGGUUCCGAAGUUACGACGAGUUCAGUCAGGGUAGCGGUGCGAGCCACGACGACUACGAGACGAGUCUUAUCAACGAUGCUAAAAUCAACGACGACGAUUUGCCACCGCCUCCGAGACGGCACGCGGUACAGAGCGUCGUAACGAGCGUCGAACCCUCCGCGCCUCCUCCUCCUCUCUUGUUACCACCGCCGGACAUCAGGCAUUUGCAGAAAGAACGCGUGCAUCUUCUCGAACAACUCGAGGAAUGUCACAGUAGCGGAGACGAGGGUUUCGCACCUAAAAAACGACCGAAACUCGACGUUCCCUCGGCUAUUUUGUGCGAAGACGACGAACCCGAAAUCGCCUCGUUGCUCGUUACCUCUCAUUCCGGUAGGAAAGGCAUGGACGUUAGACGCGUCAGCGAUAGCAAGAUUCUCGUUCAUCACACCACGAGAAGGGGAAGUUGCGAGGGCCGUGGACCUGGUCCCUGUAAGAGAAGGCGGGACACUGCGAGCAGGCAUCACGAGCAUCACGAGGGCUCCAGACCGGGCACUCCGUUGGUCGACGAAAGACCCGAAAAUCUCGUACCGAGCGAACCUCGCAGAUUUCGUGAGCGUAGUCACGAGGGCCCUCUAUCUCUGCCCCUGCCUCGUUUCGCCGCUCAAAUGAUGAACAACAACAAUACGAGCAGCAGCAACAACAACAACGGGGCUGUCGGUUGUCAACGUCCGAGUAGCACGAGCAUAGCAAAAGUCGCGAGCCCACCGUGCGCGACGAGUUUACCGUCGGCCCCGAGUCCGCGAGCGGCUCCGCAGCCUCCCGCUUCACCGCCGCCUCGACAUCCCAGUCCGAGCCCGACCAGUUCAGACAGCGAAACCGCUCCUCAAUCGCCCAGUCUUGAAGAGAGAAUUCGUUCCCUCGACGAGAAAUACGAAAAGUGGUCAGGCUCCAGAGCUUUAAGCGCCGCCGGUGGCGAUGCUCUCGCCAAACUGGACGCCACCGCUUCCGAGAGGUUCAGGUUUCGUCACAAACUUCUUGACCUUGAUCUCAACGAGGUACAACCCUCUGAUAUCGUUAAAUCGGUACUCGCUAAGAGAAGCGUAUUUGACGAGGAUUCCAAGAGGCUUGAAAACUUUAACGACAAGUACGAACCACGGGAGUUUACCGGUGUCACGGGUAUGACCGGUAUGACCGGAGUUGCCGCUAUCACCAGUGUGGGAACUAUGGGAACUACGACCUGUGGUACCGCCGGCACGAGUAAUUUAAUCGGUAGUAGUGGCAGUGGCGGUGGCGCUGCCGGUAGUGCGCCGGCUCCGACGACGCCCGGAGGUUGCAGUGGUAAAGUUGGCCUUCAAUAUCCGUUCCCUAGUCAUCCGCCGGUACAAUCGAGCAGUGCAACAGCAGCAGCAGCAGCAGCGGCAGUAGCAGCAGUGUCGGCAACAGUCUCAUCAGCAACCUCAGCGUCAACCGUCGUUGUUCCUUCGACGUCCGUCACGAGCACACUGACUGUAUUGAGUACAGCGACAACGACUUGCACGAGUAUCGUCACGCCCGCGUCCAAGUCCGAUCCCCGAGUUGGUCACAAUUGCCUGCAUCCGACCCCGACGACUCCCGUCACUCCGGGAACCUCCAUGAAAACUACCCCCAGUCCGGAAUUACCACCGGUCUCCUUACCCGUCGCCCCUGCCGGCACCGUCACGGCCUCCAGCAUCAACAAUUUCCCCGCUGGACUCCCGUCGGCGAGCAUUUCGAGCUUAACUUCAAACAGCCUCGCCAACGUCGUUGCUUCACCCCCUGCUCAAAUUUCUAGCUCCUCCAGCUCGAGAACAAGCAACGCUCAGACCAACCUGCCGUCGGCAACAAAUUCCUCUUCAAUUUCCGCUAACACCUCUCUCGUUAGCUCAUCACCGACAACUCUUAAUGCUACGAUUACGUCAACUUGUACCUCCGUAAGCGCCGCUCUGGCGAUGGUGACGACCGCAUCGCCUACUAUUACGACCAUUUCCUCGGCGAGCGGCGGUGGCCAUCACCAUCAUCAUCAUCAUCAUCAUCACCACCAUCACCAUCAUCAAACGUCUACAACUUCGUCAGGUUCUUCUGCCACCACGACGCCCGCGGCCACCGCGACAGCUACAAUUGCUUCCUCUUCGUCGUCCACUUCGUCCUCCUCCUCCUCGUCUUCAUCCUCGAUAUCUUCGAGCAGUGAAACAUCGAGAACUCGUCUUAAGAAGGAAACCCUUGGCAAAGAAACGAGAGAAUCGAGGGACAAGGAAGGCAGGGAGAGGCACGCGAGGGGAUCGAAAGAUUGUCCGAGAAGAUCGAGAAAGGAAGAAGGUGCCACUCCGGAAACGGAGAAAAGUCGGAGGGAUCGAGAGGACGAUAAUCGCAGCAGUUGCCCCGCUGCCGUCAGUAAUGAGACUCCGGUCGGGGUCGAAACUAUCGAGAACAGCAGCAGCAGCAGCAGCACCCACUCGAAAGAAUCGGCGAAGGAGGCUAAGUACGAGAGAAAAGAGCGAGAGGAUCGAGAGAGGCGAGAAAAGGAGGAACGAGAGAGACAAGAACGGAGGGACAAAGAGGAGCGCGAUCGUCAGGAGAGGAAGGAACGAGAAGAGCGUGAGAGGCGAGAAAAGGACGAGGAAAGGCGGGAACGCGAGAGACUCGACAAAGAGAGGCAGGAGAAAGAGAGGCGAGAAAGGGAAGAGCGAGAACGCGAGAGGCGGGAGAGAGAAGAGCUGGAGGCUCGGGAACGAGAGAGACGAGAGAAAGAGCGAAUCGAGAGGGAACGAAAGGAGCGAGAGGAAAAGGAGAGACAAGAGCGACGCGAGAGAGAGGAACGCGAGAGGAAAGAACGGGAAAUGGCGCGUUUGGAGCGUGAGAAGCAGGAAAAGGAGCGUCAGAGGAAGGAACGGGAGGAACAGGAAAGGCGGGAAAAGGAGGAACGAGAGAGGCUCGAACGCGAGAGGAGGAGAGAGGAGAAGGAGCGUAUCGAGCGGGAGCGUAAGCGGGAGAGGGAGGAACGCGAGAGGCUCGAGCGCGAGAGGCGAAAGGAAAAGGAAAAAGAAGAACGCGAACGCGCCGAAAAAGAGAAACGAGAAAGGGAGGAAAAGGAGAGGCUCGAACGCGAUAAACACGAGAAAGAAAAGAGACGCGAGCGCGAGGAACAAGAGAGGCGGGAAAAAGAAAAAGCUGCCGAACGCGAAAAACGGAGGGAACGAGAAGAGAAGGAUAAGGAGAAAAAGGAUCGUGACGAAGCGCGAAGGCAACAACAGCAGCAGCAGCAGCAACAGCAACAAAUACCUCAACAACAACAGCCGCAAACACCUCAAUCGCAGCAACAGCAACAACAACCCUCGCAACCCCAAGCCCAACAGACCACCGAAAAUCACCUUCAUCUUGUUGCCGGCUCACAAAAUCAGGCUCAACCUCCACCAGCUCCUGUCAGUAUAAAACGACGUUGCUCGUCCCAAGACGCACCGCCGGAAGACGAUGCAAAACGCAUGAAAAUCUCGGCCGAGCACAGGAGAGAUAGCAAGGACAGACCUCGACAGAACCGACGAUCCGAGGACAGAAAGCACAGAAACGAUUCUCAUCGAACGAAUCGCGAGAGCAGAGAAAGUCGGGAGAGCAAAGAAUCCUCGGGCUCUGUGCAGGCUCAAGAGAAUCGGGACACCCGUGAAAAUCGAGAGAACCGAGAGAAUCGGGAAAACAGAGAGAACAGAGAAAACCGAGAAAACCGAGAAAACCGAGAAAACCGAGAAUCCUCGCAGACCCGGAGCGAUCUGACGAGAGAAUCGAGUCGCGAGAUCAAAGAUUGUCGGGAUAGUCGGGAAAUGAAGGAGUGUCGAGAUAAUCGUGAAAAUCGUGAAAUGAAAGAGGGCCGAGAUAAUAUUCGCGAGAUACGGGAAAAUCGGGAGAACCGGGAUAAUCGUGAAAACAAAGAAAAACAACGAAGCAAACGAAACCGUUUGGAACGAACGGAAAAAGAAAUGAGAGAAAGAAGUCCACGAGUUUCACACGAAUUGGACAAAGAAUUUCUCGCGAGACUCGAACUCUCCAAGAGAAACGACGCGAGCCCCCCGAACAGCCAGAGCUCGAUGGGCGGCGUUGUCCAUCAUCAACGAGAAUCUUGCUCCCAGCGGGAACAACAUCAUCGGGAACAAUCGUCGAUGAGCAUGCACAGCGAUCAAGAGGACGGAAAUUUGUCGAAUCAUGAGAUGCGAGGCACGAGACAUCCCUCCAAUACCGACACGGACAGCGACGAGCCCAAAAAACACUCGAUAUUCGAUAUAAUCGACGAUGAACCCGCCUACAUCAGUAUGUACGACAAGGUGAAAGCUCGCUCGACAAAAAACAUGCAAAAACUCGAGGAGGAGAAACGCCAGGUACGACUGAGAGACAAAUUUUCACAAUUGAAACAGAGACGAGCCAGACGGGAGGAGAAGAAACAGAGCACCUCGUGGGACGGGGACUCGGUGAGCAGCAAAGCUCUCACCGAGGACGAGGCUACCUCCGAGUCCGAUUCCACACGGGCAAAAUCCCUCUCGCGAAAAGGUUCUCGCUCGAGAAUUCAUUCGGACACGAGCGAGGAGGAAGAACCCUUUAACAAUAAAAUUCACAAAAUCAAGACCGAACGAUUCCACGAGAGUGACAUAGAUCUCGGUUUUGCCGAUACCGAAGAGAAACAACAUCCAACGGAAUCCUCAGGCCUGGUCAAUGUCGAAAACAGCGUGCAUACGAUAAUAAAGAAAGAGCCACGAUCCUCGGACGACGAGGAUCGAGCGCAGCUUGAAUUCUCAUCGAGUCAUCCAGUCGUAGUGAACAAUCAUCAACGCGAUUUGAGGAAAAAAGCGCACAAGAAAAAGCAGAAGCGCCAGAAAACUUCGAUAUCGAGCGAAGAGAGUGUCAGCGUGAAAAUCGAAGCCCCUGACAACGUCGAUCAUAAAAAUCGUAUGAAUUCGUUGACCACCGUCGGGGGGGAUUGUCGUCUGAAUCACGUGAACGAAACGACGAUGAAUAACGCGUCCGUUACUCCGAUUACCUCGCCGGCAAUUGAGUGCGCGGAGGAGCGUAUGCGUCAGGAGAAAAAGCAACGAAGCAAAAAAGACAAACGCCGCGAGAGGAAUGGGGAAGAUAAAAUGAAAGCGAGAAGGAAAAGGCUCAGCCGACAGGAGGCGAGGGAUUCCCAGAGAAUGGAGGACAUAUUCGGACCCCUUUCUGACGACGUCGACGAAUCUCCUACCAACACGUUUUUCAACCGACUCGGAAAUAUGCCCUCGGAGAACAACGCCUAUGGCUCGGACAGUGACGGGAUCCGUAGUCCUAUUCUGGAUCUCGAGAGGGUCAGACGCAAGGCCGAGAAGAAACGACGGCACCAGGCCGAGGACGAAAACAGCGUCGACCUGGUCGAAGCUGGUCGAGAGAUCGAAGCGAAGCUUCUCGGUCUUCCGAUGUCACCUAAACAGACGAGUCUACCAUGCGUCGAGACGAACGACCACGACGUUUUUCGAUUCACCGACGACAACGACAGCGUGGAGCCGUCGACGCCUACAACUGCACCCGAAAAGGUCAAAGAGAAGAAGAAAAAACGGAAGAAAUCGAAGGAGGAACGGGGAAGAAAGGAUCAUCAUCAUCAUCACCACCAUCAUCACCACCAUCACGAUGAAAAUCGAGAGGAAUUCGAUUACCUCGAUUACGCGAGCUCGCGCGCCAGUACACCGCUCGCGAGGAUGACCGUUUCCCCAAUUUCUCAGGACGCUCUUCUCAGCCCGAUACCGAAAAUUUCUACGGCGAUGCCCUCCCCGGCACCGAUCACGGUUACCACCGCGGUCGUCAGUCCCGUCGCAAAUAAAAUUGACAAGAAGAAGGAUAAAUUUAUACCCGGAUUCGGGGCCGACAUCGACGAGACCAUCCACGAGAACGCUGUCAAGAGCAUCUCCGAGCCCGAGGACCGCGAGAUCGCCACCCGACAAUCCUGCGUCUCUCGGGAAGAUUCCGAAGUCCCGGCACCGGCGACGCCUCCCCCGAGAACGGAGGACAAACCGAGGGUCAUUAUUUCUCAGGAAGAGACCGAAGACGCCGUUGCCGCUUUGCUCGAGGAAACUUUCGGUGGCUCUACCGAAGAUUUCUCGUACGAGGGCGACGAGGAAGAACCCGAAGGCGAUAACGCGAGCGUGCCUCCGUCCGAUGCGCCGCAAGAGGACGUCGAAGAGAUGCAACAAGCUGUGGAGAGUCUGAACGCCUCUACGGCCGAGACCGACGCCGAUUUGAAACCGGACACACCCCAGAGCGAACACGAUCUUCAAAUCGACACGGACACCGAGGAGGAUCCGAAUUACGAGACUUUCGAUCUCACUCAACCACCCAAAACUCCCGAUAUACCGUCCUUCUAUAAAUCUCCCGCGAAAACUCCAACCACAGCGCCCCAGAGUUUGGUCGUCCUCGCUCAGGAUAAGCCUCGCGAGAAUUGCACCCCCGGAAGUGCUCCAGUCGUCGCGGCCGCUCGACCGCCCAGUCCUCCAACUUCUGUAAUAUCCCACUCGUGGAGCGGACUCGCCGAGAACAAGUCUCGAGGUGAAAUCCUCGUGAAGCAGCAGUUCGACGCGGUCGAGCCAGAAAUUGGCGUCACCGGAGGCCAAGACAGAUCGCGAGGUCCGAUUCGUCGCGCCUCAGUUUCUCCACCUGCUCAGCAGCAUCCUGUACCGCUGCCUCAGUACAAACAGCCGAUUCUCGGACUCUGCAGUAUGCCGAACAUCAACGACACGCCGAGAAUAACCGCCGUCAGUCCGCGGCCUCCUGCACGACCGCCGAGCGUCACUACCCAAGCAGCAGCUUCCCUGUAUCAGCGACUCCCGCUUUCGCCGCAGACUCAGAUGGGUCCUCUGAGACAAGCUUCACCGAGAACGCCAUCCGGCGUUACGACGACUUCCUCCUCGAUCGUGACCAGCGGAAGUGUCGCUACUAGCGGCGGGCUUGUAUCCUCUCUCGUGCAACAACCAUCGAGAAAUCCGUCGUUGCCACUACGGUCAACGCCUCAGCAACCUCUUUCACCGAACGGUCAAUGGUCCAGGAGUCCGGUCGUGACUCCGCACUUGAGCCACUCGGCGAAACAAACCUCUCAACCAGCGAGGAUCCCGGUAAGCGUACCGAUCUCCGCGCAUCGGCCCGUUGAACACACGACUCAACACAUUUAUUCGACUGCCGCGAGCCAGCAGCCCGUCAUUCAACACGCACCGGGAAUGAGAGCGCUCGCUCCGAAUUAUCCGCGAAGCGGCUUGCCGCCUUUGACUCUCAACAUUCCACCGAGACCUUACAUGCCCGUACCGCCCCUGGUAACGGGUAUCCAAUCGAAAAAUUCACGGGACACGGCCUCGUUCGGGGGCAAAUCCGUCAUCGAAACGACCCUCAUUCCCGUCAACCCUAACGCAUCGCCUCAGAGACACGACGAGCCGAAAAUAUCACCCGCGAUCAUUCCGGACUCGAGCAGCAAAGCUUCCACUUCGCCGAAAGUACCUUCGCCCAACCAGCCGCCGACUUACAUACCGGAAACUGCGAAAAUCGAUAUCAGCGCUGGUGGGGGCACGUCGAGCCCACCUGCCAUCACCAAAAUGAUCGGUGCCCUGGACAACUCCUCCUCGUUAUCACCCUGCAAUCAACACAAACUUCAACCAGUCCCCGUCGCGACGGAAAAUUGUCUCUUGUCGCCAAAAUUGAAGCAAGAAGUCCACGCGAAUCUUCAUCUCCUGACGACUCACGCGCCCCGAUCUUCGACGCCGAGUCCCGUCAUCGUCGCUCAUGGACAAUCGCACAUCGUUCACAAAAGCGUCGUUCACGGCCUCCCACCGACUACCUGCAGCAAUCAGAAUCUCGUCAAGACCAUCGGACCCCUUGGACAAUCGUUUUCGCCCGUCGCGUCGAUACCUCUUCCCACUGAGAAGAUACUUCCGGCUCACGCUCAAUUGAGUCAAGUGUCCGUUGUAAAUACACCGAAACAAACAGCCUCGAGCCAAGGAAUCCUGCUCGUCAAACCUCACGUACCAACUCUCUUGACUCAGUCGAUAAUCACCCGGGUCGUUACUUCGACCGUCUCGUCUCUGACGACGGCGAUUUCGACAGCGGGAACUCCGAUAGCCGAGCAAAAUGAGCUUACAGAGUCCAGAUUCGUGGAUAAGAAGAGCGAAGCGGAGAGCAGAGAACACGUCUCAUCGAUUGUUCAACCGAUCAAAGUGUCGGUCGGAGCUACCGCGUUGGCUCAAACUAAGGAGAAAACGGUCAAGCAGGAAGAGAAACAACCGGUUGCUGAAAUUGAAAAAGGCUUGCCUCUGCUGGAAGACACGAAAGCGAGCAUCGUCGCACAGGAAGAGUCCCGCUCCGAGAAGAACGAGACGAAGAUCAAGGUGGAGCUGAUCGAGCCUGUGAAGAAUGAGAUCGAGACGAAACCGGUUGCGAGUCCUCCGAAACCGGCCGAAGUCACGAGCGAUGUUGUCACGCCGAAAACGGAGCCAGGAUUGUCACCCAAAUCCGAGCAGAUCCCUUGCCAGGAGAUGAAGAGGGAAGAGGAGCCGCCAAAGGAGAAGGAAAAUCUUGACAUCGAGGAGGAAUCGAACGAGGAAUCCUUGCGGGAACCGAGCACCGAUCCUCUCGCGCUAGACGUAACGAAGGACGAUCCCACAGACAGCAAGGAGGACAGUGAUUAUUGGUCAGCGAAAGAGGUGAACAUCGAGAGCGUCAUUAAGAAAGUUGAUGCUUUGUGCGACGGCGAGACGAACGAGGUGGAGAGUCACGAGGCCGACGAGGACAGUCAACACGAGCAAGAAGCAAACGGUGGCGGUGAACAAAACGACACGAGCAAAGGUGAGGCGGAUUGUUGGCCGGACUCCGAGUCUACCGAGGGCGACAACAAGAAGGAUUACCCGAACCACGACGAUCACGACGAGGGCGUUGAGACUUGCGAAAUCGAGUCGAAGGCUUCCCGUCGCGGCAGAUCGAGAAAUCGUCGUGGCGCAGCCUCGAAUCGUGGUGGCGUGACGACCCGUCGCGGUGGAAGAGCCGCGGCGAACGUCCCUCAUCGACGCGGAGGCAGAGCUCCUCGGGGCGGAAAACACCACGCCGAAAAGAACAAAUUACCGGCUGACGUUUACGAGUUUCAUGAUGACAGCGAGGAGGACAACGCGAAUAGGCCUAGGCUCAUUCUCACCAUCAAAUCGCCCGGUCCAAACGCGACUGGACCGAACGCCACUCCUGCGACUCCGAUCGCUGCCGUGAAGGAAGUUCCACCCGAAGAGUUUGUCUCGCCCGCCUUGAAUACGAGAAAAUCACGGAGGCUGGCGGAGAAAGAUGGUAGUCGAAGUACUGUGGACGAUACUAUUGAAGAUGUAGUACGUGGAACACCUACGAAUAAAGGAUUGAUGACUACUGGUGGUGUUGCAGGUGCUCACGCAACCCGGAGGAGCACGAGAAACAACAACAAUUCUGGACUACGUGGAGUGGUCCCGCAGCAAGCUACCACGACGACGGUGGCGACGACGACGACGACGACAACGACGACGACGACGACAACGACACCGGCGCCAACGACAACGACGACGACGACGACGACGGCAGCGGCGGCGGCUACGACCGCAACGACGACGGCGACCGCGACGACAACUGCGACGACCACCGCCACCACUCCGACAACGUCGGGAUCAUCCGCUGCAACUGCAUCCGCAGCGGUUACAACGAUGGUUUCAACGUUGACAACUACGGUAACGACGACAGCGGCAAGCCCAGCAGGGGCCGCCUCCCUUCAUCAAGUUACGGAGCCCCGUAAAUCGCCCCGCGUCGUAAGAAAAUCGUCCCGACGAAUAUCCGAAAAUACCGAUGAGUGUGGUGAAGAUAAGAACAAAGAACAGGCCCGCGAAACUGUCCAUGAACUCCCGUCCUUGAACAAGCUUAAUCCCGAUAUUAGCAAUCUCGAAACGAACAAACCACCCAUUGACGAAAAGAAAACGAUCGGGCUUAACGUAAUGCAACAAAAAUCAAGUCACGAGCCCGUGACUCUCAUUGAUCCGGUUACCGGAAUGUUAAUACCCGUCAGAGAGUCCGAAGAGGGCCAGUAUAUUCCAGUUUCGACAGCUCAAGCCGCUCAGAACGCGUUGAGAAACGCAAAUGCGGCGGCUUCCCACUCGGCUGCCGUGGCCGCUGCCGCUGCCAUCUCGUCGCAAUCCCAUCAGCGUCCAAGAUCUCGAGACACCGAAAUAACAACGGCGCCGCCCCUCGAAACGAAGAAAGAACCGGAAUCCUCAUUUUCACAGCCUAUCAAGAGCCAGAUCGUCCCACCGAGCGCAGUUCCUUCGCAACCGAGCGUUAUCACGAAACCACAAUCUCCCGUGAUUCAAUCAACGCCUCCGGCGGUCUUGCAACCUUCUGUAACGCCUCUUACGACUACCGUUAUGACGACGACAGCGAACUUGCCUCCAGGAGUAGUUAAUACAACCACGACCUCGUGUAUUUCCCAAGCGACUAAACCGACCAGUCUCAAGGCGCACGUGUUGAACGCGAGCAAGCGCGUCAAUAGUCCGAUUCCCUGUCAGCAACCACCCGCUCAAAUAAUCGUCACAAAAGCUCCGUGCAUUCCCGCCGGACAACCGGUGGUUCAGAACAUGGUCAAACAGCCCAUUCAAUUGAAUCAAGGUGGCGUACAAGGCUUGAGACUUCAAAUACCGGGAGGCGGAGUCGUUCCACCCAGUUUGAGCCCACGAGCUAAACCCAUCAACGUUGGCAACGGACCAAACGGUAAACAGGGACAACCGAUGUCACCGGUGCUCAACAGCACCUCGGGAGCACCGCCAAAUCCAAAACAACACCUUUUACAAGCGGCCAAACAGCAACAGCUUCAACAACAGCAGCAAACUCCAACGAUCGUUAAUCUCCCACAAAAAAUGCCUAUGAGCGUCCAUCAGAGCAACGUUCCCACAACUCCUGUACAGAGAAUUCACAAUCCUGUGUCGCAACCGACCACUCUCAAGGGCAUCAACGGUCAACCACAUUUACAAAGUCCCAAAGCACAUCUUCUUCAAGCUGUCGUACCGACCAUCGUCUCGGGAGCUAUACCCAGCCCACCCAAUCAAUCGCACAUCAUGUCCGGACAGCCCAUCGUCACCGGGACCAACUGUCCACGACCUGCCAACAUACCGAAAUCACAAUUACAGGCCGGAACGAUGGAACCACCCAAAGUCGAAGUUUCCAUGUCCGGUUGCAUAAUGGUGCCCACGGCGAGUCCUCAAGGUCGCGGCGUUCCCGUAGUGCCCACAUAUGAAGCGCCGAUGCAUGGGAGUGCGGUAGCAGCGCCGUCUCCAGGGGGUCAAUACGGACUGGGUCCCCCGCACCGUUCCCAGAGCCCUCCACUGCCCCCACCCGCUCAUCAUCAUGCUAACGCUUCUCAGAGCGACGUCGUGAAUCAUUACGGAGGAUUAUCGCGCGCCGGUGAAUUGCCGCCUCAUUACAUUCAUCCACAAGUUUUGCAGUAUCAGUAUCUCCGUGCCCAACAGGAAGCGCUUACGGCUCCGAGAAUCGCGUAUCACGUGCCCGGUGCACGAUCACCUCAUUUACCGUUGGAUCCAAAAGUCGAUGGCAUCACUGACGACACUCACAGUCCGCCGUUGGAGCUCAGACGGGGAACGAGAACGCCUCAGGAUCGUACCACCGACAGUCCUCAAGUUGCUCAAGUUUAUAUGAUGCACGGUAAUGCCCGCUUGCCACCCCCGAUCGCUCAAUACAGCCCAGCUGCGAAUCCACCCCUUACCGGUACCCCGAGCGUACCUCGAGGCGGUUAUUACGAGCCGCCACCCGCUCACAUAAGAUCUCAGUAUCCAAUGGCCGGAAGCGAGGCGCCCAACGAUCGGGCCAUCACACCGGAACGACCGAGAAAACAUCAAGUCGCUACGCCGCCUCACGCCUCCCAAGUUCCACCUCAGGCCGAUUCUCUGCUCAUGCUUCUCCAACGUUAUCCUGUCAUGUGGCAAGGCCUUCUCGCCCUCAAAAAUGAUCAAGCCGCCGUCCAGAUGCAUUUCGUUUUUGGCAAUCCAAAUGUCGCCCGAGAGAGUCUACCCUGCAACAGCGAUGGCUCAACUCCGCCUCUCAGAAUCGCUCAGAGAAUGAGACUCGAGCAAACUCAACUGGACGGAGUCGCGAGAAAAAUGCAGACGGACAACGAACACUGCAUGCUCCUUGCGUUACCCUGUGGCCGUGAUCACAUGGACGUACUCCAACAGAGCAAAAAUCUACAGACCGGAUUUAUAACUUAUCUGCAACAGAAACAGGCCGCCGGAAUUGUCAACAUCCCUGGUCCGGUAUCUCAACAGCCAGCAUACGUGGUGCACAUAUUUCCAUCGUGUGAUUUCGCGAACGAGAGUCUGGCCCGUAUAGCGCCAGAUUUGCUUCAUCGAGUCGCCGAAAUCGCCCACCUCCUCAUCGUAAUAGCAACAGUUUGAGGCCAGUCGCCAGGUCGAACGGUGAAUUCUAUCUAUCGUCUGGUUGUCGAACUGUCUCCAUCGCGCGCAGCAGGAUGCGUUUUUUUAACGUGGCAUGAAGCCCUCAGAGCGUUCUGCCUCGCCGCGGAAUCGAAGAGUUCACAACAAACUCGCGUUUAUUAAUUGUUGACAAAAAAAAGGAAAACUAAACAAAAAUCAGAGCUACACGAACUCAAAAAAAAAAAAGACACAUGAAAAAGCUUGAAACUUUGACACGAAGCAGCAAACUCACGAGGAGUUAACAAACCAAUAUGAAUGAGAAAUCCUCCUCCCUCGAUCAAAACCGAUGACAAUCAAAAAAAAAAAAAAAAAAACCAAACUGUAAGAACCGGCUAAAGAAAGAGCCACCGAUACUGCGUCAAAAUUGUAGACCUUAGCGGAGGAACGGGGUUGUGAUAAAUACGGGGAGGUUAGCACGGUCUAAACCCUUGCGUUCCUCUCCUCCGGGCAUACACGCGAAGUGUCCUCUAUCUCUUUCACUCUAUUCUUUUUUUCUCUUCCUCUCUUUCUCUCUUGUAGUCUUUCUCUUUCAGUCAUGCAGAGAGGGACGCUUCGAUCGAGCCUAUCGUUGAUCAAUGUUUGUGGGAACGACCGACGUUACUCUUGGUCACUCCGACAAGCUGAUCAAUCACAAGCCCUAAAUCUCCCUUGUCUCUGUCAGAAAAAAAAUACACGUAAUAAUAUUCUUUAAAGCGAAAGAGACUAGAAACAUGAAGAAAAAAAAACAACAGUUUGUCUCAAUAAGCGCUCCUUAGACGACGAUUACAACCCGUAAAAAUCGGAAAACGUAUAUAUAUAUAUAUAUAUAUAUAUAUAAAUAAAUAUAUAUAUAUUAUAAAACUUCCUAAGUGGUCGCGAGUCUUCGCGAGAACCGCAGAGUUGAAAGAAAAAAAAAAUAAAUCAAUAAAUAAAUAAACAAUUUAAGUAAAGUAAAUUAAAGUAAACGGAUUAACCGAUUUAGCGAGAGAUCGGUAUAACAGAAGAAAAAAAGUAAUAUCUAUAUCUAUGAGACACACGAGUUACUUUUUAAGGCUUAGAGGUAAACAGAAAAAAAUGUGUAAAUUUAAGCGAGCCAGCGAGGGCAUAACUACUGUGAUUUUAAUUAUUUAACGAAUAUCUGCAUAAAAAAAAAAAAAACAAAAGAGAGGGAAAAAAUACGAACGAGAAAAAGAAGUAAUGACAGCAACCACAACAACAAGAACAUAAAGACCGUUUCAGGCCGACGCGAUAUGUGAUGUGUUUUUGUAUAAUAUUACUCUAUAUAAAUACCUAUGUAUUAUAUGACUGUAAACAAUAGUUGCCGCUGCUGCUGCUGCUACUGCUGCUGCUCCUGUCAAAUUAGAAAGUUAAAUAAUCCAUGAAUGUAGAACUCUUGAUAAAGGGGAAAAAAAUAAGGAGGAUUAACAAAUCACAAAAUGAUGAUCAAUAACAAAGGACUAUCCUCGUCUCCCCUUUCAACACGUAGAACUAUCCCUAGUGUACCAUAAAGAAGAGAAAAACUCCGAUAGCAGGAUGUAACAUAUUAUUGAUAAUUAUUAUUAUUAUUAAUUAUUAUUAUUAUUAUUAAUUAUUAUUAAUUAUUAUGAUGCGAUUACAUCUAGAGCUAUGUACAUUAUGAAGAUUUAUAAUAUUAAUUAUUAUUCUGAUUCUUUAUAUUACUCUUAUUAUUAUUAUUAUUAUUAUUAUUCAUAAUUGUUUACGCUAUUUUUAUUGACGAUUAUUAUCCACUAAUACUACUACUGUACUACUAUUACUACCACUAUUACUACUACUACGAACUACUACUACUACUUCUACUUCUACUACUACUCUCCUACCACUACUAUUUACUAUUUACUAUUACUGCUACUUACACCACUAAUUACUACCCGCUGCUGCUGCUGCUGCUAUAAACUUACUAAAACUAAAUAACUCUACUAAACGAACGAGAGAAACGAGAUGAAAAUGGAAAGAAUAAAUUAUGCCUCAAUUGCUUAUUCGUGAAUUCGUGAAGCAAAAGUGAGAUGAGAAAAAGAUAAACAAAAUCACGGUUAUUAGAAAAGCACACGGAGAGAAGAGGCUUUGCGAGAUGAAGAAAAAGAGGAAAAAAAGAGGAUGGAAUAUUGCAAGAAAAUCGUACACCCAGUACGAUCGAUCUCAUUACGACCACUAACGAAAUCCUCCCCCCUCCCUCAUCCCUUCAACCACCAUCCUGAGGACCGCAUGGAAUCCCAUUUCCUACCGUCCUGUCUAGAAAAGAAUAAUAAUUAAAAAAAAAAACCCUUUUCACCUCGAGUUACGAAAAUGUCACAAACUCUUAACGACCUACGCGUUUCUAGAAAAAGAAAAAAAGAGAAAAAAAUUAACUUUUAGCAAAUUGUGUCCGAGAUAAUAAUACGCUUACGUGUAUAGAACCAGAAGUUUGAAUAUAUAAAUCAUGAAAACACACACACGCGCACUCACACACACACACAUAUGCAGGAACAUGGUAAAGGUCCUGGAGGAAGGGAGAUGGAGAUAAUGAAAGAGAGAAAGAGAAAACUUGUAAUUAAAUUAUUAAGUAAACUACAAUAAUAAAAAAAAGAAAAAUAUAACGCUUCGGCGCAUAGGACGCAUGCCUUUAGAAUAUAAAAGAAAACAGAGAAUAAAUGAGUAACCAGAGUGCAAGUACACAUACGUUAGAGAAAAAAGUAAAAAUUGCCGAAUUGAUAAUACGUCGAGGAGAUUUCGGGAGCGUCCGGUGAAAAUGAAUAAUUAAAAUAACGUUUAAUUUGACAAAAAGAAAAAAGAAAAUAAUUUUCUCGGUCUUGCGGAUGAAAAAUAUUUACACACUCACACGUACACAGCCACACGCGUAUAUAUGUAUAUAAACACUUCCGGUACAAAUUUUGAGAAUGAGGGCUAACGAAGCCGCGUUAUAAAAUACACGAUGCCGCGAUAAGAAUCGAAAGGGUCAACAUUUUUCGCGUAAGCAUAGGAUAAUACUGAACAAAGAAAGGAAUAAAAAAAGAGGUGAAACUGGAAAUUACUAGGUGUAACACGUCCUCGAGAAAACGUCGUCGUCGAGCCAACGGAGAACAAAAAACUGAUUUUUUCGAUAUAUUUGAGAAAAAAAAUCUAGUGAAAACAAAAGUAACAAGAUUGGUUAGUUGGACAAUACUACGAUACUUUAACGGAGACGAAUUUUAUUGGUUUUAAAUAAUAUUGAGGACGAACUAACCCCGUAUGACGACGUGUUAUGUGAGUGUUUAUUAAUUACGUAAACCAGCAGAGUUAACACGAAGAAAGAAAACAAAACAGUUGCGAACACUAACGAACAAAUAAUAUCUCGAAACACAAGGACACAAUUCUUACGAAGAAAAGCCAAGUGAAAUAGAGAGAGAGAGAGAGAGAGUACACGGUAGACUUUCGAGUGAAAAAGCAAAUAAAAAUGAGCAAAAUGGUAAGUGUAUUCGACAGUCGAAACGGUCGUAAAUAUCCUGCCCGUUCUUAACCCCCAAAAUCCCCCCUCCCCUCUUCCCCCUUGGCCGAAAACCAUUUAGUCUACGAGAUGAAUUAAUUUAAGGCAGCGCAGAUACUUGUGGGAGCGUGUGCAUGUACAGUGUAAAAGAUAUGCGUUGUUCAUAUGUACAGUCUAGAAGUUAAAGAAAUUCGAGAUGAUAAAGAGGAUGAAAAAAAAUGAAAGACGAUGAAUAAGAUAAACAUAAAAGUAAAUAAGUACGAGCGCUUAAGAGCGCGCGCGCGCGUUACGAAAUAAAGCAAAAAAAAAGAGUACACAUAUGUAUGUGUAUAUGUGCAUAUAUACACAUAUAUGUAUGUAUAUUACAGUUAUGAAUAAGUAUAUAUCGGGGCUGAAGAGGGGGGGCGCAUACAUUGCUCGGCGUUCCACCAUUUUUGCUCGAUCGCCGCCCGAGAAAUGAGUGUUUUCUUUCUUUCUUUCUUUUUUUUUUUUCAAUUUUUUUAAAAUUGAUUUUAUUUUCGAAUUCGUGUACAUUAUUUUUGUUUAUUUUUUCCGUAUUUCAAAUGUUUUAUUUCUUCGUGCGAUUAUUUGUAGACACGAAACGAUAUGAAGAUAGAAAAAAACGAAACUAAACGAAAGGAACGAACAAAAAUUCGUAGCGCAGUGUAUGCGCUUUACUUUAUACGCCUUACCUAUCUUGUAAAAUAUCUGUGAAUAUUAUGAUUUAGUUUCUUCCUAUUGUAGGCUACUCUGAUAUACAGAACAAAACAAAAUAAGGAAACAAAAGAAUUUAUGUUAAUCACGUAAGAAGAAUGUACAGAUAUCACCAUUUUUGUUUUGUGUUUUAAUGUAGUUAUUGAUAAUUAUAUGGAUAUUAACGAUAAUAAUAACUAUGAUUAAAAAAUUA